AUGAUUUUUUUCGUGCUGCUGAGUCGUGCUGCUCAGUACCCUAAUUACAGGACCCCCAUUGGUCAGUCCUCAGGGCGCUCAAGAGCCAAUCACAGCACGGCUAACAGCAUGGCCCAGCCAGAAACCGGGCAAGUUGGAAAUGGCGCGAGCAGGAAGACCAGCGUUUUCCUGCAUGAUCACGGGAUUGCUGCUUGCAACGGCGUUAUUACCAGGAGCUUAUUAGCAGGUAAGCAUUUUUCUCAGUUUGAAACGUCCAACAUCUGGUACUGACGGAUCCUGCUUUUAAUGUCCCUCGCAGACUUUCUGGGGGCCGGUCCAGUGGGGGAGCGGCAAAAAGGAGACGAUGCUGAGGAAAAGCCUGCCGACUCAUCUGCCCUGAAGAAACUGACCCGGAACAGGAGGAAUAUCAGCUGGUACAGACGACUCCCGGAUUUCUGGGACUGGUACAAGCACUUCAUGAACACAGGGAACCAGGAGGGGGUGGAGGACCUUGACCGUGUGUACCUCGGGUAUCUUCAGAACAAACACAGGGUGGACGAGGGGGCUCCUUCCUUCAACCACUACCUCCAUCACUUGUCAGAGAUUUACAAGGCCUGUGCCGACUCCGACGAUCCCGAAUGCCUUGCUGAGCACACCAGCAAACCCAAAGCCAAGAUUGUGAUGCCUAAAGAUAUCCCUCUGAAGGCCAUCUGCGACCCGUUUAGAGAUCCCUUCUGCCUGUACGCCAGAAUGAUGGCCAAAGAUCCUGUUGCUGAGCCGGCCCCGGCCCCAGCUCCUGCCAAAGCCCCUGCCCCUGUUGAAAGUCCCAUCCCUAUCCUGACUCCCCUGCUUCCACUGCCUGGUAAGGCCCCGCUGGGUUAUUACUACUAUGCCCCGAUCCUCAAACCGUUCCUGUCGGCCGAGCAGCGUGCUGAGCUCCUUCGCAUCUGCAACCCUACCGACGUCGAGUGCCUGCAGUACCACCUCCGCGCCGCAUAUGGCUACAGGCCUGCCCCCGGCCCUGCCCCAUCUUACGCACACCUUGGCUGCGACCCAACAAAGGACCCCUACUGCCGGCCCAAGCUGGUGGCCAAGGCCCCAUCAGGCCUGUACCACCUGUUCCCCACCUGUGACCCUGACCACGACCCUUUCUGCCUGCCGGCCCCGGCUCCUGCUCCCCAGUCUGCUGCCAAGGCCAAGGAGGCCCCCAAGGAACAGAGGUGCAACCCGCUCUUUGACGACAACUGCAAUCCCCUGACCGCCAUGAAGCUGGCCAGCCUCACCAAGCCCGUUUUAGAGUACACCCCCAAGGACGAGCCCACCCCCAACCUGGCCUGCGACCCUCGCUAUGACCCCUACUGCAUCCUGGGAGCCGCUGCCGCCCUGAUGAAACCACCCCUGCCCCUGCCCCAGGCCCAGACGCGCCACCAUCUCGGCAUCCGGGGGAAGACGAAGGAGGGUCACGACUGCUACCUGUUCUAUGACGAGGAGUGCUACCCCCCGGGCUCCAAGGGCGACGCCCCUGCCGCCUCCACCGCUGAGGGCCCCAAGGCUGAUUGCCACCCCUACGACCCCACCUGUGGGAAGUUUGCCGCCCAGGCUGGUGACGCCCCCGCCACUGGCUCUGUCCGAAAUGGUGUGAUUGAGCCCCACCCCGACUGCGACCCCGAGUAUGACUACAACUGCCGCCUGCGCCGGGCUGAGCCCACGGCUGCCGACGAGGCACCCCAGGAGAACAAAGUGACGGAGGAGCACAAGGACGAGCCUGCCCCCCAGGAGGAGGCCCCGGGCCACGACCCCUUCCAGAGUGGGCAGGGGGACCCCUACGCCAGCUACGCAGCACCGGACCACGCCGUCCCCAGCUUCGAAGACUUCCUGAGAGGGUACACAGACCAGUACAACAGAUAUGACUCCCCCCUGGACCUCCGUGCCUAUGCCGGGGGUUACAAGAAGAAGUAA